CAAGGAAGGUCACAGUUAUCGAAGAUGGCGAAGUGUUGACAAUAAGCCAUAUAUUCUUACCAAUAUUACUAUUUAUUGAACAAGCUGGGUAAAAACACAUUUUUGUAAAGGUUUUUCAUCUUCAUAGUAGUUCUACAGUAGUUGUGACCGGUUUCACAAAACCAAGGGCUUAAAAUGUCUGAGUCGAGUGUUUUGCAUCAACGGAUAAGCGCCGUCAUGGACAUUCUAUCCUCCGCUGCGGUGACAGAGAUUUGCAAAUUAGUAGAGGAUUGCUGUGGAGCGUUAAGUGUAGAAGUCUCUCAAAGCAAAGAGCAAAUCAAAAUGCUAGAGAAGCAACUCAGCCUGACCGAGUCGAGGUACAUGUCGGUGAGUGGCGAAGGAGGUCAGACGCCUGUCAGCAGCGGCUCACCAAUAAACAACAGUCCUUCGGGCAAUUACCCCACGGCCGAUGACGCGGACGACACUCACGAUGACAAAGAUUUCCAGCAGUUCAUUGUCUCUGAAGUGGAGUUUCUCCCUGAGCAGCAGCAUUGUAAGCAGGAGUUGAGCCCCAUCCUGGGGCAAGAUGACUGGAACCCCAUACAGAUUAAAGAGGAACAGGAGGAAUUCAGGAUCAUCCAGGAGGAGGAAGACUCUGUAUUCACUCCUGCCUGGGUGAAAAGUGACUAUGAUCAGUACUCAACUCAGUCCUCACAAACCCAAAGUGAAGAAUAUGAAGACAGAAUGGCCUCAACUGAACAGAUCAAAACAGAACCUAAGGAAGAUAAUUCCUCAGAGCCAACAAGUGACUCUCAUCCCCAGUGCAAAUUGAAGAAGACAUGGACAGAAAUAGGGCAAAGCUCGAAGGGUAGAAAAACCAUGGAUCUAAGGUUACCAGUGCAAAUGAGUCACACAGAAGAGAAACCAUUUUGCUGUAGUGAUUGUGGUGAACGUUUCACUCAGAUGGGAAAAUUGGAUGCUCAUAGGAAGGCCCACAAAGGAAAGAAACCGCAUCGCUGUGAUGAUUGUGGCAAAUGUUUUACUCAAAUUGGGUAUCUAAACUAUCACAGAAAGACUCACACAGGGGAGAAACCUCAUCGCUGUCAUGAUUGUGGCAAAUGUUUCUAUCGAGUUGGUGAUCUGACACUUCAUAUGAGGAUUCACACAGGGGAAAAACCACUUUGCUGCCAGGUCUGUGGCAAAUGUUUUGCUCGUCCUAGUAAUCUGAGGUCUCACAUUAGGAUUCACACAGAGAAAUGUUAUUCCUGUCAUUAUUGUGGCAAAUAUUUUCGGCGUAAAGAUAGUCUGACCGUGCACAUGAGGAUUCACACAAGGGAAGUCAUAUAAUUGUUGCUAUAGUAGCACAUCUUUCAGCACUGGCGGUAGUCACAUGAGUUCAUGUGAGGAUAAAUCACAUGAGCUAUAAACUAUAUCGCUGUCAGGAUUGUUGUAAAUGUUUCAAUAAUUGUAAGAAUAUGAGGAGACCAAGAGCAGGAACCACAUGCUACCAUGACUUGAAAAUAUUUCAUAACUGCCUUUCUUUAACAUUAGCUAGGUUUCCAUUCAAUUGGCGACAGAUAUUAAUGUGAAUAUUCUAAAUUCUGCAUAAAGAAAAUUUGCGAAUUUUCCCACCAGUUUCCACCAAGCAGACUUGUUGUGGAUAAAAAUCCGUGUGUGACGACGUGGUGCACACAAUGUACAUUUUCGCUUAAGUUUUCAUGUACCAAAUAAAAAUCUAACUAUGUGAAUAGUUUUGUCACAAA